UUGGCUCAUUUUUCGUCUAUAUAUAUAGAAGAAGAUCGAUUUGCUUAGGUCAUUCUUACUGUGUAUAUGUACCUGAUCAGAUACAUAUAUCAUGGCUGCUAAUCAUGAUCAUGAGAAAGAUUUAGACAAGAUCAUCCUCAAAAGCCCAGCACUUCUCAAGUACAUCCUAGAAACAAGCUGCUAUCCCAGAGAACACGAGCAAUUGAAGCAACUAAGGGAAGCAACUAUCGAGAAAUACCAGUUCUGGAGUCUUAUGAAUGUGCCUGUGGAUGAAGGGUUACUUCUUUCCAUGUUUCUGAAGAUGAUGAAUGCAAAGAAAACAUUGGAACUUGGAGUGUUUACUGGCUAUUCUCUUCUCAGUACUGCUCUUGCACUACCUGCUGAUGGCAAAAUAACAGCAAUAGAUCCAGAUAAAGAGGCCUACGAGUUUGGACUGCCAUUCUUUCAAAAGGCUGGAGUGGAGCAUAAAAUUGACUUCUUUCACUCAGAUGCCUUCACAGUCUUAAAUGAUCUCAUUAGCAGUGGCAAGGAAGAAGGGAGCUUCGAUUUUGCAUUUGUGGAUGCGGACAAGCAAAACUAUCUCAAGUAUCAUGAGCUUCUAAUUAAACUUGUUAAGGUUGGUGGAAUCAUAGCUUACGAUAACACACUGUGGUUUGGAACAGUUGCAGAACCUGAGGAAAUGAUGAAGGAAUCAUAUUUAAGGGAAGGCAGAAAUGAUGUGAUUGAAGUGAACAAUUAUCUAGCCGCCGAUCCUCGUGUCGAAUUAGCUCUUGUUUCCAUUGGGGAUGGCCUCACCCUCUGCAGGCGCCUCUACUAAACUUGGCAAAGAAACAACUCAAUGCUGAAGCUCUCUAAUAAACAAGAUUGCUUGGUUAAAUAGUUAAAUUUCAAAUAAUUAUGUAUGAUUUGAUCAUUUCUCGAUGAACUUUGAUUGAUGUUGGAAGCGAUUUGAUAUAUCAAAUUCUGAUGUGAGCAAUAAUGGAGUUGAAUUGAUCUGAACUGAA